CCACUUGCAUGCAAUAGCUCCAGCUGGCGCGAGCAUCAGCUCUUAAGGUGGCCUUAUCGUAAACUUAACUUUUAAUAAAUACAUACUAUUUAACUAAUAUCAGCCUAUACUAGAUACAACCAUUAAACAUACAUACUUCACUUUUACUUUGGACAUGCUUUGCUUUAAGAAAAGAAAAGAAAAAUAAAACAGAACAAAACAAAACAAAACACACAGACAAUCAAUCAGUCAUCCAUGGUCCACGAAAUUCGGCCGCCGCAAAGGUUAGCAGAUCCGCACUUUGCUGGCUGUUGUUGCUGUUGCUGUUGUUGUCGUUGUUGUUAUAAGCCGGAGAUAUGGGUAUGAGCUGGACCGGUUUCUUAUUGACCUACCUAUUUGGUGGUGUCACUUUCAUUCCUUUAGUUUUAGCCAUCAUACUACUUCACGCGCAUCUUACAUUUCCGACUCACGAUGAAACGGUAAAAGAAGACGACGGCAAUGACUCCAACAGCAUCGUUCAGCCUGAUGACGAUACGACAGCCCUUCGCGAGGCUCAGAAGGAAGAGUCGAAACUGCGCCUCCUAGCCGAAUCCGACACAGCGGCGGGAUACUUCGCAGUAUGUCGUGAAUACACUCCGAUGGGCAUCAAUGCCAAACCGAUAGAGCGUUCUACUCCCGUAGGAUCGACCACCGUCGCUCCGCCUAGCCAGAGCGUAUACCAGUCUAUGUACAGAAGUAUAUUCGACAGGAAGCAGACUCCCAAUCCGUUGGACGACAAAGGUGUUAGUCAACGACCUAAGAAGGCAGGAAAUGUGUUCUACGUCGUACUGAGACACGGCCACUUAAUGCUGUUCGACGACGACGAGCAGCUCGAGGUCCGCCACGUUAUCUCCUUAGCCCACCACGACAUCAGCAUAUACUCUGGAGGAGACCCUACCCCCGAAGGCGAGUUGUUUAUUAAGCGAAAUGCAUUGCGCUUGAGCAGGAGGACGGAUGGGAAAGACUUGACCCGAGACGCUCAAGUGUCAAAACCAUUCUACCUCUUCUCCGAGAACUGUUCUGCCAAGGAAGAUUUCUACUUUGCUCUGCUCAGGAAUCAAGAACAGAAUUUUACUGGUUUGAAUCUAGCCCCGAAACCCCAGCGAUUCGAAGUUAAAAAUAUCAUAUCAUUGGUUCAGAAGUUACAUUCUUCUGAAGAUCACCUGCAGACAAGAUGGCUUAAUGCCUUGAUCGGGAGGAUAUUCCUCGGCGUCUACAAGACUAAGGACAUCGAACAUUUAAUUAGGGAGAAGAUUACGAAGAAAAUCUCCCGUGUCAAUCGACCAUCUUUUCUUACCAGCAUCACGAUACAGAAUAUCGACACGGGAGAUUCCGCGCCGUUAUUUAUGAAUCCCCGGCUCAAAGACUUUAGUGUGGAAGGGGAAUGUGGAAUGGAGGCCGAUGUUAAGUACAACGGCAAAUUCAGAUUGGAGGUUGCUGCCACAGCGCGUAUCGACCUAGGUCCCCGGUUCAAGGUGAGAGAAGUCAACCUCGUACUGGCUGUGGUCUUAAAGAAGUUGGAGGGGCAUGCUUUCUUCAAGAUAAAACCGCCCCCCAGCAAUCGUAUAUGGUUCUCAUUCCAGACCAUGCCCAAGAUGGAGAUGACGAUUGAGCCUAUCGUAAGUUCGAGGCAGAUUACAUACACAGUGAUUCUACGACAGAUCGAGAACAGAAUCAAGGAGGUGGUAGCCGAGACAUUAGUAGCACCAUUUUGGGACGACAUUCCGUUCUUCAAUACCGAACAUAAGCAAUGGCGCGGAGGAAUAUUCGAAGGCGAUGACGCAGUUGAGACUUCUCCAAAUAUUGAAGACGUGGUCGCUCAGCAGGGGGAUGUAAACGAGGUCAGCCAUAUCGAAGAAACAAGCACGGAUACGCCCCCCGAACAGCCUUCGUUAGAGAAGAGUCAUACUGUGCCCGUCAUGGAGACCUCCCAAACGGCGCAACCACAGGGAUUCUGGGGUAGAAGGCUCAACUCCAAAAAGAGUUUACAAAGUGAUGGUAUUCAGAGUCCGUCCGCAUCAACAACAUCUUUCGAAGCAAAGAGCCCACGAAGCUCUGCGACGGAGGUGCUACACCCCUCGCGGUCAGGAUCUAUCUCGACGUCGAGCCCUAUCGUCGGCACUGACCCCGUACACGCCGAGACUUUCAGACCUUCGACCAGUCCACCAGAUCGUGAUGACGCGAUUAGUGCAAUGGCGCAUCUCUCUGCUAGGUCCAAGAACACAUCGCCGGCUCAUACCCCCGUCGGGUCACCUGGUAAACCAUCUUCUACCUCACAAGCGAUCAAUGGUUCCGCGAAUUCAUCUUCCGAGGCUAUCCCCGAAGUACGCGAGAGCGAGAGCGAGAACACCCCUACAGCGCCAGGCAGACGUCACACUGCCUCCUCUACAGGAAGUGCUGAGAGCGAUAAUGCGUCUCCAAGUUCACCUGCACCAUCCAGCAGCAGAAAUUCGAUCAAGAGUAAUGCUGGGUCAAUAAGCAAGGGUUUCUUCACACGAAGAGAAAACACGUCUUCACCGGCCAGCUCUAUGAAUGGGACGCCGGAGGGCAAGCGGAAUACCCUAGCCGCCGUGUCUAAUGCCGCCGCGACGGCGAAACGAUGGGGCCUGAACGCAAUACAGAGGCAGACGGACAGGAACGGCAGUGCUAACGGACGCAAGCUUUCUGAUCCUCCGCUGGAUCUGAAUCAGCCUAUGGGGCGUGGUCAGCCAUUACCGCCUCCCGGCACGCCGCUACCUGGGCCCGGAAAGAAGUCAUCGCCGAUGGCCAUCAUGCCAAAGCGGAAACCUAUUGCUCCCCCACCGUCGCUCUCACGACAGAGUACCAGUAAUUUACAUGACGCAAAAGCAGAACGACGGCCCUUGCCGCCACCUCCGCUACCAUCGAGGCGCAGACGUAUCUCUCAGAUUCAUAUUGCCGGUAACGACGGUAGUAACGAAGAUAAUGUCCUCGUUGUUGCGGCGCCAGCAGAUUCUGAACCAAAUAGCCCGUCAUUCCAGAUUAGCGAUCACGAUGAUUCCAUGUCUUCACCUGCGUACGUCCAGCCUUGGGUUGAGGAUGCGGAAGAGCUGAAUGGCGAUACGCACGAAGACGCAGAAGGCGAGAGCGAGGACUUAAUUCAGAUGAUAGCAGACGAUGAGGACAGGGCGUCCGUGAAAACGCAUACUCCGCCUCCUAAUCUACCUCCGAGGGGGCGAGUGGAAGAGCGGAGGGGAGAGUAUCAGGAGAUGGGAGAAGAGAACGAGGACGAAGAUGGGUACACGAAUUGGGUGGAGGGUCCCGAGCCCGAUUUUACCGAAUCAGCUCCCCCUGACUCUGGCAUCGUCAAUGCCCACGUCACUGCCAAUGGCACCGCCGUGAAAUAAAGACCGGGGGUAUAACGAUAAAAACUCAUCACACACAAGACCCGUAGCGUCUAGCAACUUUAACAGCCGGAUUUUACCCCCCACACGCAACACGUCGCCUAAUCGGCACACGCUGCGCACUCGCGGGUGUUAUUACGGUGCUUACAUAUUAUAUUAUUCUACUAGACCGUACAUUAGAGACAGUCAAAUCAAGUCAAAUCGAGUCGAGUCGAGUCAAGUCUGUACACUUAAAGGGGUUCAGGGGUCCUGGUAUUGAUCCUUAGAGGGUAUAUAGGUAAGCAGUUAGGGAAGAAAUGGAUUGGUUGGUUGGUUGGUUGGUUGGUUAGGCGUCGGAGUCUUGGAACUUGUUUGCUUGUUUGUUUAACCUACCUAAGAUACCUAUGUGCCCUAGUUUGGUUUGCGUAGUAAAUACCUACUUUUUUUUUAUACAUA